CUGAUUGCUGUAUUUAGUUCAGCUGGGGGGUUUGAACGUAGUUGUUGCAUUGAGCCUUUGAUGUGCAUGUGUGCUUUAUGAAAGUCAUUAGCCUAAAUAUGUUUUGCUACUUGAAUUAGCAUAAUUUAAAUGUGACACUGUACAUAAGACAUCCAACUUGCAAGUCAUGUUGCCAGGUUGUAUGUUCAAAGUUCAAAUAUUUAGAAAGCAAACGCUUAGUGGGCCGCGUGUGGCCCCCGGGCCGUAGUUUGCCCACCCCUGCCCUGGCGUAUGACACAUAUAACAGCCUUUAAUUCAAUUCAAUGAUUGUUGCCAUCACUCCAGUUCACCUCAACGUAACUGCAAUACUGAAAAAUGGAAGUACAUGGGAUUCAAACAGAACUAAACAGCUUGAAACUGCCUUUCGAAGUCUGAAUGGUGGUGAGAACCUGAACCUUAUUGGUCUGAGGGGAUCGAACCGUACUGACUUUGAAAUGGACCUUAGCUGUAAAUGUGAAAUGUCUAAACUCCAAAAAAUGGUGUCUACUUUGAAAACCAGUCUCGGAGCUGAUAUUUGGGUGAACACUACAGGCAUGGUGACAUUAGAAUCAUCAGAACCUUUGGUGCCUUACAUGUCCGAGACCACACUGAAAUGCACUUUCGAGGAGGCAUCGAACGACGCUAACUGGAAAAUAUGUCGAGUGGAUGGAUGCUCUGAAGUUAAUAAUGCCGGUGUGUUGAAAUUGGACACCGGCUGUGCCACAAAUGAAUACAACUCUUGCAUUGCAGUGACACUUCGGAAUCUAACAAGCAAUUGGAAAGGUACAUAUGAAUGCGGAUUCACUGUUGGGUCCUUCAGGCAUACGGCCAAAACAGAACUGAGGUUGGGAUUCCUGCCUGACGAGAUCUCCAUGAAGGCCACACCGCCGACUGUGCAUUGCUUAAAUAAUAGCACUGAAAAUGUUACAGUCAACAUCGAAGCGACUGUCCCAUACAUCCAUGAGAUAUAUGAAGCCUGGUGGAGCUACAAAGAUGGGAAGAAAAAAAGUUCAAUCGACACAUCUGGGGAUACCCUGCACUAUCAUUUCCAAACAUCAAUCAGCUGCCAGAAAACCGAAGAAACACAUUACAUGACCGUCACCUUUAAAAACAACAAGGAUCAACAAAAACGUGCAAGACUGGAAAUUCGAGUAAUUUACGAGAGUGAACUUUUUUGCACAGAAGAUGGAGAUUUGUGGCCAAAGAUCCCAGACGGACGUAAAGCGAUGAAGCAAACAUGUCCAGAUGGUAGAGUUGAUAUCGAGUGGCGGACUUGUACAGGAAACAAGCCAGUGUUCUCCAGCUGUGUCAGUGAACAAUUACUUUCCACUUUGAAAGCAGCAAAGCUCUUCAUUACUGGACAAGAGUCUACUCCUGAGGCGGCAAUGGAAAUAUUUGAAGGACUCAAGAACAGUUCUACGCCUGAUUUGAGUGGCAGGAUGGCUGACCUGAUGGUUUCCAUCCACAUUCUCGAACUGAUGGCCAACGCAUCAGAAAACACUGUCAUACAUGACGAUGUAUUACCUGACUUCAUAAAUGCAGCAAGUAAUAUGUUGGACCAAACAUGGGAUGGAGUCAACAACUCCGUUAUUCAUGACAUGGCAUCACGUUAUCUUCGGUCUGUGGAAGAUUUGGUGAAGAACAUCAAAGUCAACGAAAGCAAAGGGCUAACCACUCCUAAUGUAGACCUGAAGUUCUGCCCAAGCGGGAACUGUAACCUGACUUUGUUCGAUAGCAUGGUAAAACUCAAGACUGUUGGAUUGGUAAAAACCUUUGCUGUCAGAAAUCUGACGGAUAAAUUAGAAAACAAUUUCCCAAACACUGUUCCAUCUUCAGUUUUGAUAUCAGCCACAGUGGCAAACUUGAAACUUGAGUCAUCCGUGAGAAUUAGCUUGGACUUCUUCAAGAAGCAGCAGACAUCUAUAAAACAUGUUUGUGUUUUCUGGAACAUUUCUGAGAGGAAGUGGUCAGAGGAUGGAUGCGUUGCCCAAAACGGCAUCGGCGAUCGCAGGAUUUGCCUGUGCAACCACUUGACUCCGUUCUCGUAUCUCGUAUACAUUCGGGACACAUCUACUCAAUCCACGAACAUCCUUACAACGGUCGGACUGAGUGUGUCGGUUUGCUCCUUGCUGAUCUUUCUUAUCGUUGAGUUCGCGGUGUGGUCAACUGUGGUCAAAACUACUCUUUCACACGUCCGUCAUACGGUCAUGGUGAAUAUGGCUGUUUUCCUUUUGCUCGCCCACUGCAGUUUCUUGGCUUCCUCUUACCCGGAUCUCCCAGAUUCUUGGUGCUGCAUUCUGACCGUCUGCAAACAUCUUUUUUUCUUGGCCACGUUUGCUUGGAUGCUGUGUUUGAGCCUGGUUCUCGUGCACCAGCUCAUCUUUGUAUUCAGACCCCUGAGAAAAACGGGUUUUAUGUUUUUCUCCAGCAUUGUUGGCUACAUCUUCCCAAUGUUGAUAGUGGGAUUGAGCUACGGGUAUUGCAGAUACACCAACAAGCCUUACUAUGAAACUAACAACUGUUGGCUCGUUUAUAAGAAGCCAUCCGAAGGAUCGUUGCUUGCUUUUCUGGUCCCGGUAGGAACCGUUACUUUGACAAAUGUUUUUUGUGUCGUGGUUGUUAUUGUUACUUUGUUGAAGUCUCCAGUCCCGGAUGGCAGCAGGGUAGACCUCAAGGAAACAGGCAAAAGCAUCCUCAGAGUGGUGGUCCUCUUAACGCCAGUCUUUGGACUAACCUGGGUUCCUGGGUUCUUUUUGUUUACACUGGACGCCGACGAUGUUAUGUUUACUGUUACUGACUACAGUUUCAUCAUCCUCAAUUCCUUUCAGGGACUCUCCAUUUUGCUCACAGGGUGUUUGGCAGAGCAGAAGGUUCGAGAGGAACUGUUGAGGCUCUUGACGAGUCAAGUGAACUCAAAAUUCCGAAAAAACCCCAACAAUACUUCAACAACAUACUUGAGGGAGAAAUGGAAUGGUUUAUGGAAUUUUUCUUUUGCGUCAUCAGAUUACACUUUAAGAAAAUAAAACUAAUGCAACUGCACUUUUUUCAAGAAGAAAUGGGCAAACCCCAAAACACUAAUCUACACUGACUGGGAAACAAGAACAAUAAUAAUAUGACAACCAAAUUAUCUGUAAAUUAUUAGCCAGCAUUCCAUGUUUUGUUUGUACACUGCAAGAUAGACUGUCUAUAUAGCUGUAAUAGUAUCACUAUCAAUAUCAUGGACACUUGUAUGCUUAGUCCAGCCAGCCAGGAGCGUCUUUUCCAGUCGAAUUUUUUUUGUAUUUGGAAAUAAGUUUCUACCAAACCAAAUUAUCUGUAAAUUGUUAGCCAGCAUUCCAUGUUUUAUUUGUACACUGCAAGAUAGACUAUAUAGCUGUAAUAGUAUCACUAUCAAUAUCACGGACACUUGUCUGCUCGGGCCAGCCAGCCAGGAGCGUCUUUUCCAGUCGAUUUUUUUUUGUGUUUGGAAAUAAGUUUCUACCAAACCAAAUUAUCUGUAAAUUAUUAGCCAGCAUUCCAUGUUUUGUUUGUACACGGCAAGAUAAACUGUCUAUAUAGCUGUAAUAGUAUCACUAUCAAUAUCAUGGACAGUUGUCUGCUCGGGCCAGCCAGCCAGGAGCGUCUUUUUCAGUCGAUUUUUUUUUUUUUUGUAUUUGGAAAUAAUUUUCUACCACUGCACAUUUUGUUUGUUGUGAUGCAGUCUCUUGGAGCAGUGUUCUCCUACACAUUGUGGAUGACGGACAAAAAUUAUCAAAAAAGUGCAGUUUUCCUUUAAGUUGUCUGCUCGGUCCAGCCAGCCAGGAGCGUCUUUUCCAGUUAA